AUGAUAAAGAAACUCAUAAUUCUAUAUAUUUUUCUACUAUCAUUUGCUCGAGCUUUGGGCAUAAUAGUGUCCCCUACAAAAGAUGCUAAAUCAAAUAUCAAUAAAUUAUCAUCACCAAAUAAUCUAGAAAACUGUAUAAAUUAUCAAGUUAAUCCUAAUGAUAUCAUAAUUUUAAAUGUCAAAAAUAUUGAAAGAAUACAUUCACAAAUUUUGAAUUUAGUAAUUUUUGAUUCAAAUGGAAAUAUUUUGAGAAAUCAAAGAAAUUUAGCUAAAACGGAUAAAGAGUUUGAUUUAAUUUUGAAAAAUACAGAUGUUACAAUUAAUGAGAAAAGAGAAGUGGUUAAAGAUUUUAUACAUAUUUGUUUUGACAAUUUAUAUAAUGAUCUAUCUUGGAGUUUUAAACCACGAGAUUAUGAAUUGGAACUUGGCAUUAAUAUCAAAUCAAAUAUGGAAUAUACAAAUUAUAAUAUAUAUAAGAAAUAUUUCCUGAAUGAUUUAGAACAAGAGAAACAACAAGUUGAUAAUGAAGAAUUUGAUUCUGCAAUUUUUGAUCAAAAAAUUAGUAAGGUAAGACAUGAAUUAGAUUUAAUUGUCGAAAAUUUACAAAAUUCAGAAGAGAUAUUGAAUGACUUGAAAUUACAAGAAUCUAAAUUGAGAGACAUUAAUGAGAGUAUAUUUUCAGGUUAUACAUUUAUAAGUAUAAUACUUUGUGUUACUAUUUUAAUUUGUGGUUUAAUUCAGUUAAUAAUUUAUAGAUUAUAUAUAUUUAAAAAAUGUAAAAUAUAG